GGAGCGCGUCGGAGAGCUGAGGAUCGCAGAACUGAGCGCAUCGUGUGCUGUGGGGUUGUUUUUUUUCGGUUCUUGUUGCUGUUUCUUUCCGUGACUCUGAGUUGUGGAUUUGGUUGUGAUUUUCCGACUAACAGUCUUAAAUAGCAUCAAGUCAACCACUGUCUCGAAAAAAAAUAGUUUUUUUUUUUAUUAUUUUGCGGUGUGGAUGAUCUGCUGCUUGUCGGAGCGGAACUAUGAACGGCUUUGGAGUAAACAUUCACCUGUAAAAGCGCUGCGUGUAGAAAAAUCAGUCUCUCGGACAUUUGUGCUGUGGAUUAUUUAAAAGGAAAGAAAGAAAAGGUGCGCCAUGGGCGUAAAAGCCAGCCAGUGAGUUUGUACUGUAUGAAGAUGUUGUGUUGUGUGUGAUCGUUCCCGCAGCGCUCCUCGGCUCAGCCUCGCACCCAAUGCACCACACUCUGAGUGGAUCUAGAGUUUCCGCUUUAUACAGCCCGACCUCCGACAGUCAGCACGGUAGCUUCACUUUCAGAAAGCUCGCUGGAAUUAAGGACACGUCCACCGCUUUGUUAAAGCCCUCGGAUCCUAUCCGUCAGGCCAAGCGUCUCCCCAUUAAAGUAGUGAAGAUGCUGACCACGCACUCGGGCCACUUGCUCCACCCGGAGUACCUGCAGCCCCUGACAUCUGCCCCCGUCAGCAUCGAGCUGGAUGCUAAAAAGAGUCCACUGGCCCUCUUGGCUCAGACUUGUUCUCAGAUAGGUAAACCAGAUCCUCCAUCCUCAUCCAAACUGGCCUCCAUUACAUCUAGCGGACUGGGUGAAAAAGAAGGCUCAUCUCGCUCUUCUUCCUCAUCCCUGAAACUUGCAGACCAGCGGCCUUCGUCAGAUGACAAGUCCAGUUUCAAGCCUUACUCUAAAACAGGCUCAGACAGCCAGAGGGAUGGGAGUAUGAGCAACAGCAGCAGUAACAAGCCCGGCUUUUGUCUUCCUGUGGGUGGAGGUAGUGGUGGAAGUAACACACCGAGCUGUCAGCCACACCAUACACGUACUGUUUCUCCAAGUUCCAGAGUGGGUUCACCUUCACAGACGCAAGCUCACAGACACGCUCUUUCACCUAGCACCCUGCGAUCCAGUGGACACUCACAGACUGCAAAUGGGGAUUCAAAACACAUAGAAGUGGUACUCUCUGACAGUGGCAGCAACCCGAAAAAGGAGGCAGAGUCAAGUAAGCCCGGUCUGGACAGUCCCCAGCUGGCCAACUCUAGCCAUGCCAGAGCAAGUGCCAACUCCAGUAGCUCAAGCUCUGAAAGCAGCCCCAUUAAUGAGGGCAAAUCGGACCCACAACCAUCUCAGCCUGGAGGACUUGGGCCUGUUUCUAUUUCCCCCUUCAAAUCUAGUCACCCUGUCUUCCCCCUUCCAUCAUCCAGCAUGGGCUACCAUGGUUCUAUAGUGGGCACCUAUGCUGGCUAUCCUGGUCAGUUUGUUCAUGGCUUAGACCCCACCAAGUCCAGCCUUGGAAGUGCUGGCGUAGGGGUUGCAGGCAAACAUCCUAGCUCAAGCCCACUGACUGGUGCAUCCCCACCUUCAUUUAUGCAGAGUUUGUGUCGGGACCCGUACUGUUUAAGCUACCCAAAUGCACCUCACCUGGGUGGCAACUGUGGCACGUGUGUUCACGACCCCUCAUCUUCCCUAAAAUCUGGCUUCCCCUUGGUUUACCCCCCUCAACCUCCAUUGCACUCACUCCACCAGAGCUCAUUGUCUUCCAGCAUCACACCAUCACUGUCUCAUCCACUAUACACAUAUGGCUUCAUGCUGCCCAAUGAACCUCUACCACAUGCGUGCAAUUGGGUCUCAGCCAGUGGGCCAUGCGAUAAGCGCUUUGCCACCUCCGAAGAGCUAUUAGCCCACCUGCGAACACACACCUCACUGCCAGGCGUAGAUGGAAAGCUACUUUCCACUUACCCUUCAUCCUCCUCUUCAUGUCACCUCCAUCUGCCUCCCCAGAGUAGUCCAGCCUCUCUUCCUGCUUCCUUCUCACUUAGGGCACCGCCGAGUUUGGGCUUGGCUCGAUACCAUCCUUACAGUAAAAUGCCACUGCCCACAGCACCAACACUUCCCAUACACUCUUUACCAACCUCCGCACCCUAUUACUCUCACUAUGCCCUCUACAGUCAGAGACUGGGAUCUGCCUCAGCCCUUGGCUACCAGUGAAAUGGACUCCAUUGCUUCAGAGUUCUAGAGCCAGAACAAGCAGCGCACUUGCAUGAUGACUGCUAGGACAUCCUGCUUGGGAUUUCACUCCGUCUCCAGUUUCCUAAAAAUGGGAAAAGGAAAGUGAAUUGAACAUAAAAGGUGGACAAAAAAGCAAUCCGUGGACUCCCUAACAGAUAAAAGUAUGGGUGUUCCAGGGUGCAUGCAAGCUUGAGACUGUGAGACUGAAGCGCCAAUGCAGUUUUCGAACAGAAUUGUAUUUAUUUUUUAACAAGCGCUUGGCUUUUACCAGUUUAUAAUCCAAAACAGUUUACUUUCAAAAAAUACCAAGUUCAUCUAUUCAUUUCACUCAAUUUAACUGUUCUUCUUUGUACACACUAUGCUGCAAAUCUUAAGCUUCAGACGUUUUCUUUCCUUUCAUAAAUCUGUCCUGUCUGACUCUGCCGGUUUAUUGUGUCUGUUCGGUAUGAAUGUGCAUGUCCUUCUAGCCUUUCUAAAUGCUUAUUUUUUAUUUUCAACAGCUUACCAAUAAAUGACUUAAAGAGCUGUAAUAUUUUUUGUAAAGUGUUGAAAUUACUAGGCUGGUUAAGGUGCCACUUCAAUGAAAAAACAUGAAAAAAAAUAUGAUGGCAGAGCUGUCCAACUUUGGAGUUAUAAUUUUGUUAAAUAAAUCAAAUGGUUAUAUUUAAA